CCAGCACCCGCCCGCGAUGGAAACCUUUUUUAAGAGGCAUUUCGGGAGGAAGGGCUCACCGGGGCCGCGGCGUACCAGCGUGGUGGCCGUGCCCACCAGCAAAGCCCGCCGCCGCUCCCAGGCCGGGCUGCCCUCCGCCUCCUUGGCCCAGCGCCGCCGCGGCUCCAGCACCGUGCCGCUGCCCCUCUCCUGCCUUCCCCUGCCCCGCCGCAGCAGCCCCCGGCGCCGCUCCAGCACCACGCCGCCCUGCCUCAGCCCCCGCUUCGCCGUGCAGCAGCACCGCGGGGGCCGGCUGCCCGCCAUCGAUGCCCAACUUCUGGGCCACCCCAUGCUGCUGGCCGGCCCCCUCCCCGACGGAGAGGAGGGCGAUGGGGUGCCACACACCGACACCUCCAUCUCCUGGCCUCUGGAGGAUGGCGGUGGCCACGCAGCGAGCGGCGAGGCGGAGCGGGGCGGGCGGUGGGCCGAGGAGAGCUGGCUGACCAUGCUGCCCCGGCUGCGGCCGCUGCAGGCCGGGCUGCUGACGAGGGGUCCCCGCUGCCUGCGCCGCACCUCCUCCCACGUCCUGCCCACAGACAGCGGCUGCGGCCGGGUGCCCCACGGCCUGCCGGGCCGCUACCGCCGCCUGAGCCAGCGCCGCCGCUCCAGUGACGCCCUGCGGCCCGGGCUGCUGUCCCCCGGCCGCGCGUGGCGGCUGGCCCAGCAGUGCGCGGGGGCAGCCGGGGCCGCCUUCCCCGAGUGCUUGGGACCGGAGCCCGCCUGCUGCCCCGACGGCUGGAGCCCCCGGCUGCUGAAAGCUAUUGCCAAGUCCAGCCUCCAGCACAUGGUAGCCCAGCCAAACCCCACGCUAGCCCUGAGGAGCGAUUCGGAGAGGCAGAUCCGCAGCACCGUGGACUGGAGCGAGACUGCAGUCUACGGGGAGCACAUCUGGUUUGAGACCAACGUGUCUGGGGAUUUCUGCUACGUUGGGGACCAGAACUGCAUGGCAAAACUGCUGCAAAAACCUCUCUCCAGGCGUAAGUGUGCAGCCUGCAAGAUCGUAGUGCAUACACCCUGCAUAGAACAGCUGGAGAAAAUAAAUUUCCGCUGCAAACCUUCCUUCAGGGAGUCAGGAUCCCGGAACGUACGGGAGCCUAUAGUUGUCCGGCAUCACUGGGUGCACCGGAGACGGCAGGAAGGGAAAUGCCGGCAGUGUGGCAAGGGUUUCCAGCAAAAGUUUGCCUUCCACAGUAAAGAGAUUGUAGCCAUCAGCUGUUCCUGGUGCAAGCAAGCGUAUCACAGCAAAGUGUCUUGUUUCAUGCUGCAACACAUCGAAGAGCCCUGCUCACUGGGGGCUCAUGCUGCUGUCGUUGUUCCUCCCACUUGGAUUUUGCGGGUCCGACGGCCCCAGAACCCAAUGAAAUCCAGUAAGAAGAAGAAGAGGACAUCAUUCAAGCGGAAAUCCAGCAAAAAGGGUGCUGAGGAAGGGAGGUGGAAACCCUUUGUCAUCAAGCCCAUGCCAGCUCCUCUCAUGAAACCCUUGCUGGUGUUUGUGAACCCCAAGAGCGGUGGGAAUCAGGGAGCCAAGAUCAUCCAGUCCUUCAUGUGGUAUCUCAACCCACGGCAAGUGUUUGACCUCAGCCAGGGUGGACCCAAGGAGGCGCUGGAGCUGUACCGCAAGGUCCACAACCUGCGGAUCCUGGCGUGUGGGGGAGACGGCACGGUGGGCUGGAUACUCUCCAUUCUGGACCAGCUACGCCUCAACCCACCUCCUCCCGUGGCCAUCCUGCCCUUGGGGACCGGGAACGACUUGGCCAGGACACUGAACUGGGGUGGGGGUUACACAGAUGAGCCUCUGUCCAAGAUCUUGUCACAUGUGGAAGAUGGAAACAUUGUGCAGCUCGAUCGCUGGAACCUCCAUGUGGAGCCAAACCCUGAUGCAAACCCUGAGGAAAAGGAUGAGGCAGCCGCUGACAAGCUCCCCUUGGAUGUCUUCAAUAACUACUUUAGCCUUGGCUUUGAUGCACGGGUGACACUGGAGUUUCACGAAUCCCGAGAGGCCAAUCCAGAGAAGUUCAACAGCCGGUUUCGGAAUAAAAUGUUCUAUGCUGGGACGGCUUUCUCCGACUUCCUCACAGGGAGCUCCAAAGACUUAGCGAAGCACGUCAAGUUGGUUUGCGAUGGGACAGACCUGACCCCCAAGAUCCAGGACCUGAAGCCUCAGUGCUUGGUCUUCCUGAACAUCCCCAGGUACUGUGCAGGCACUAUGCCCUGGGGCAACCCUGGCGAGCACCACGACUUUGAACCACAGCGCCACGAUGACGGCUGCAUUGAAGUCAUCGGCUUCACCAUGACCUCCCUGGCUGCUCUGCAGGUGGGUGGCCAUGGGGAGCGGCUGUGCCAGUGCCGGCAGGUGGUUCUCACCACGUCCAAGGCCAUCCCCAUGCAGGUGGACGGGGAGCCCUGCAAGCUGGCGGCUUCCUGCAUCCACAUCUCGCUGCGCAACCAAGCCAACAUGGUGCAGAAGACCAAGCGGCGCAACUCCAUGCCUCUGCUCAAUGACCAGCAGCCAGUACCUGAGCGGUUGCGAAUCCGGGUGAGCCGAAUCAGCAUGCGCGACUACGAGGCACUGCACUACGACAAGGAAAAGCUCAAGGAAGCCUCCGUGCCGCUGGGGAUCAUCGUGGUUCCAGGAGACAGUGACCUGGAGUUGUGCCGGACCCAAAUCGAGAGGCUGCAGGAGGAUUUCCCUCCACAGCCCUCUGCUUUGCAGCGCCUGCUCUUUCAGGAAGGAGAUGGAGCCAAACCGAAGACACUGUCAUCCCAGAAGCUGUCACCAAAGUGGUGUUUCUUGGACUCAACCACGGCGGAUCGGUUCUACAGGAUAGACCGCGCACAGGAGCACCUCAACUACGUGACGGAGAUCUCUCAGGAUGAGCUCUAUGUGCUGGACCCAGAGCUGGUGAUCACCCAGACUGUGGGCACCUCUCCUGCCAUGCCUGACCUCGUGGACUCAUCCGCUGCACCUCCUGGGCACCAUUUUGCAUUCCCCUCCUCUUCCUCCUCUCCACCCUGCUCUCCUGCCCCCAUUGCUGAGGCCGAGCUCUGCCUCCCGCAGAAAGAUGACCUUCUGAUAGAAGCUGCCAAGAGCGGCGACUUCAGCAAGUUCCAAGAGCUGCACCGGGCUGGAAAAGACCUGAUGGUGCGAGACUCCUCGGGCCGGACCGUCCUGCACCACGCUGUCAAAUCAGGGAGCAAGGACAUCGUCAAAUACAUCAUCGAGAACGCCCCUUCAGAAAUCCUCGAUGCCACAGAGGAAGAGAACGGUGAGACCAGCUUGCACCAGGCUGCAGCGUUACGCCAGCGCACGAUCUGCCACUACAUCGUGGAGGCUGGGGCGUCGCUGAUGAAGACGGACCUGCAGGGAGACACCCCCAAGCACAGGGCAGAGAAAGCCAAUGACCCUGACCUGGCUGCCUACCUCGAGAACCGACAGCACUACCAGAUGAUCCAGCGGGAGGACCAGGAGACAGCUGUGUAGUGCUCAGCGUGCCUUAGCCCAAGCCAGCUCGGGCAGGACGAGAAGAGGACGGCACCUGGCAGAGCUGUGAGUCUGGCCCAGCCCUCCCUGGGUGUCAGCCUCGGAGGAGGAGAUGGAGACAGCAGAGCUCUGCUCCAGGCUGGGCUGGGACUCUGUUUGAGGACAGUGGGUAUUUGGGACUUGAAGCCCGGCUCUUUGUGUGUCCCCCUUUGCCUCUCAUCCACCACGUUCCCCGCUCUGGAUGGGCUCCUCCCCAAAGCCCACCGGGGCCGGCAGGGAUGGAGCCGCCCGUCACCUUUGCACAGGGGAACGCUGCCAGUGCCCCCGGCAGGUCCUCAGCUGUGACCCACGUGGGAUGUCCCUGCUCACCCCUCUCCCUGCCGGCAGUGCCCCCCGUUAGCCUCUUCACUCGGUUCACGUCCCGUUCCUCCUCUCCUCCCCAGCAGCCACAGGAGGUGCAGGCAGGCAGCAGCGUUGCCUGUGCAGGGGCUGAACCUAAAAUCUUGCCCCGAGGGAAGCUCUGCAACUUGUGGCCUCUGAGUCCUCGUCCCUCCUGCUGCUUUGGGACUGCCCCGGCUCUCUGUGGCAGGAGGAAGGUCCCUGGCGUGUUAGGGGACGUGCACCCACCCCUUCCUCAGGGCUCCUGGGACUAGUGCAGCUGGAAGCCUGGCAGCCGCUGCCCUCCUGGGUGCCUUCGGUGCUGGGGUCCGUGCUGCUCUCAGGGAUUCCCCCCGCGCCCCCAGCCUGUGGGUGUGCAUCCUCUGAGCAUGGCUUCUGCCAGCCCCUCAAACGGGACCCAGGGCUUCGCAGGGAAAACCCGGGAGGCUGCCCUGCCCAGACACAAGCUCCCUGGGCAGGCUGCCAGCCUACCUCUAGGGUUUUAGCAGAACGAGGGGUUCGGAUGCGUAGGAAGCAUCGGGGACCCCGGCCCUGAGUCCCGCAUGUGCUGGGCUGGCAUUUUGGGUACCACCUGCCACGGGGCACGAGGCACCGUCUGCCCUGCAGCAGCUGUGAGCCCAGGGGCAGCAGAGCAGCCCCUGCAGCAGCUUUUGCAGCAGCAGCAGCAGUCUCUGGGAUGCAGAGGUGGCAGCAGGGGAGGAGAGCAGGCAGCUGAGUGUGUUGUGGACCUGCUUGGUGUGUUCAGUCAGGCCCAGGUUGCUGCUGGCAGGUUGGGUACCAGGAGAGGAGGCUGGGGCAGCCCCACCGUGCGCUCACACCCGGCUGUGGCUGCUGCACAGUGCCGGCUGACACCCUCUGCAUCCCCCCACAGCACCAAUACCAAAAAGAACGAACGUGUCACGAUACCACAGAGAACCACAAUCUUGUUCAGGCUUUAGGUUGCGGGGCAGAGUUACCCUCGAGUAUGGGGGGAAGCUGGGCCAGGGCAGUGCGUGAGGCUGGUGUUGGGGUUCAGCAGCAGAAUCAGCAGUCAAUAUCCUUGUCCUGACCGUGAUGCUCCAGCAGUGCCAGGAGUUCCCACCAGUGCUGCUCGCUGGCUGCAGACGGACAAGGCACUGUCAUCUUCUCAAAGGUGCAAGCUGCUGCCUCCCAGCCUGGCCUGGGGGCGUUCACAGCCCCAGCUUCCCCCUUCCUCCCCGGUUUUGUAUGUCCCUUUAGUUUUUGUACAGGUAGUUCAGAGACACACUGUCCCCCUCCCCGCCGGGCCCCUGCGCGCGUGAGCCGAGUUGCUGUGCAAUUCCACGUCUGGCUGGUUUCUUAGGCAGAGGCGGAGGGGGUGUUUGUAGCCCUGCCCGCGGAGGGCAGGGGAUCUGUGCAAUACCUGGUUCUGUGUUUCCCAGAUGCUGUCGUAGGACUGUAUUUUUGUAACUCUGUAAGGGUGCCGGCUCUAGCAGGCCCAGGGCCUGGCAUGAGCCUGCGCUCCUGUUGCUUUUCAACUUUGACUGUUUGGAUGUUGUUGUUUCUUGCCAUUGAAAUAAAGAGUUGGAUGUUUUAA